GACAUGGUAGCUAGCAAUGAAUAAUAUGUCUAGCCCACAUGGGCGCGCAUUUUACAACUUUAACAUUAGUAGAUAAAAACUAAUGUAUACCUAAAGCAGCCCAAAACAACCAAAUUUAAACACAAGCUAAGAAACAGCUGAUCUUCUCCUCAGAGUCCAGUAUUAGGGAGUGAUUUUGAGCCUAAGGUAUUGAUAGAAUUUUGGAAUUUUGGAAUAUUAUUUGAGAAAAUUAUUAAAAGGAGGGAAGGGAGAAGCGAUGCUCUGUGCAAGUACAGCAAGAAGAAUAUCUUCUACCUCAACCUCAGGGUUACUCUUUUCUUCAUCUUUAUCUUUCCUUAAUCACUCUGAUAUCUUUACCAAUAAACCUUAACUUAGUUUACAAAUAUACGCACGAUUCGUAUAAAUACAUACACCUUCAACACGACUUAGUAAUGACAAAAACCUUUAAAAGAGCCAUCUCUUUGUUCAUUUCCACCCUUUCUUGCGGUUUCUUUGGCUAUCAUCGUAAUCAUACUCAUAGCCAUAAUCAUCGAUUACGCGUUACGAGCAACGCUAAGUAUUUCUCCUACAAUAUGGGCAAGUCAUCUCGACCUAUUUCUUUGCAGACUGUGGAGCUAAAGGUUCGCAUGUGCUGCACUGGUUGUGAAAGGGUUGUCAAGGAUGCCAUUUUGAAACUUAGAGGAAUUGAUUCUAUAGAAGUUGAACUACCAAUGGAAAAGGUAACGGUAAUAGGAUAUGUGGAUCGAAACAAGGUAUUGAAAGCAAUAAGAAGGUCUGGAAAAAGAGCGGAGUUCUGGCCUUACCCUAACCCUCCUCUUUACUUCACUUCUUCUACCAACUAUUUCAAGGACAGGACCCACGAUUACAAGGAGUCUUACAAUUAUUAUCGACAUGGAUAUAAUGUUGGUGAUAGACAUGGCACCCUACCUAUUUCAUCUCGUGGUGAUGAUAAAGUUAGUAACAUGUUCAAUGAUGAUAAUGUCAAUGCUUGCUCCAUCAUGUAGCUAGCUAGUCAUGCAUGUAACAAUCUUUUCUCUCUUAUCUAGGACUAGGAGUUGUGUAUAUGUACUAUUUGUAUGUAUGCAGUUGUUCUAGUCUUUUAGCCUCCUAUUCACCAUCUUUUUCAACAAAAAAAGAGAGAAAUUAGGAGUGUGGGAAUAUCUAGUUCCUAUAUAUAUGCAUCACUGAAGAAAAAAGAAUGUCAUGGUGUUAUUUCUUUAUUUACUAUGUUACGUGACCAAAUCCUCUCUUAUUGUAUAUAGUUUCUCUUUUUUCUUAAA